AUGCUAAGACCAUCUAUGUUAAGGUCAAUCACUGCAUUAUCAGGGAAAUGCCAACGUCGGGGAAUAGUUCUUCCUGCAGCUGCAAUGUACACCUUGGGUUCGUUAGUAUUUGGCAGGGAAGCAAGGUUGGCGGAUGCCAUGGAACGUGGUGAGUUACAUAACAAGAACGUGGAUUAUGUGAAAGAGGCUGAAGAACGCACAGAGUCGCGUAUUAGGGCCCUGGCUAAUAGUAGACCGCUGAAGCCUCGGUACGAAGGCCAUGUCCCCCUUUAUCAGUACGAGAAGUUGUUAUUAUUUGCAAUUUCCGGUUGGAAUUCAUUCUUUCAUCCUGAAGAUGGUUAUAACAUUGUCCAGCUGGGUGAGGCCACUGCCUUGCCUGUCUUCUUGGAGAGUUUGAAGCAAACAAUGCUUAGCGAUCCUUCUGGGAGACGCAUCCUAAAGGAACAGCCCAACAUUACAACAGAUAUUUUACAUAUGGAUAACUUGGCCAAACUGCCCCAUAACACUUUUGGAUAUGUGUACUAUCAGUGGUUGAAAAGAGAAAACGUUUCUCCGGACACGAGAGCACCUGUUAAAUUCAUUGAUGAUCCCGUGCAUGCAUAUAUUUUCAAGAGGUACAGACAAUGCCAUGAUUUCUACCAUGCUAUAACCAACAUGCCUAUUAUUAUCGAGGGUGAGGUCACCAUAAAGGCCCUAGAGGGUGCCAACUUGGGCGUUCCUAUGGCUAUUCUUGGUGGUAUCCUCGCACCUUUACGGCUGAAAAAAGCGCAAAGAAAAAGGCUGUACGAUAUAUAUCUCCCAUGGGCCGUUAGAACAGGUUUGAGUUGCAAGCCAUUGAUCAAUGUGUAUUGGGAGGAAAUGUUGGAAAAGGAUGUCGAUGUCUUAAGAAAGGACCUGCAAAUAACGCUCCCCCCAGAUCUAAGGACAAUGAGGAAGGAGCGUAUAGCCCUCAGGAGGGAACUUGAGGCGAAAUAUAACACACACAAAUGA